AUGGCCUUUGAAUCUGUUCCAGUGACUAAGAGACAGCGCUAUGGCAUCCUCGACUCGCGCAAACCCGACCUGAACCCGUCUGCGCCCCAGCCACCCGACCUCUGUUUCCUCCCCACCUCGACCUCGUCAGGGUCGCACACACGCCGACAGACAGCAUCGAGCGAGCACAAGGCGAAGAGGAAAGCUCGCGCGGCGCCGAGCGGGAACUAUCAGGGCUACUACGAGCGCCGGAAGACGGCGCGAGACGAGCCAGACGAGCGACUCGCUCUCAUUCCGCAGGACUGGGUCAAGGGGAAGAAGGUGUUGGACGUCGGAUGCAACACUGGCGCGGUGUCGGUCGAGCUAGCACAGCGAUUCGGGCCCGCGAAGGUUGUCGGCGUUGAUAUCGACCCUGGCUUGAUUCGACAAGCGAAGACGUUCGCUGAUACGGCGUGGUCGCGACAGGCGCCCCUCGAGCGACUGAUCGCCGAAGCGCAAGAGAUCCAGCGGCAGCACUCCUCCCGUUCUUCCCAGCCUGCAUCACUCUCAUCCCUCCUUUCCGACGGCACCGACUCUCCCUUCGUCUCGGCCGACCCUCACUACUUCCCUGUCUCGCUCCCUCGCAUGUUCGGCAACCUCCCCCAGCCUCGACAGCUUGUCACGAUCAUGAACGGCGAGACCGGAGACGCGCAGGCUGGACAGAGGCGAGGGAAACGGAAAGACUUCUCGACGGAGACUCGAGCUUUUCCGGAGAACCUGCAGUUCGUCGCGGCGGACUGGGUGAACGAGACCAUGGAGCCAGACAGGGACGGCUACAACGUGAUCCUCGCCUUCUCGGUCACGAAGUGGAUUCACCUCUCCGGCCUCAAUCCUGCCCUCCUCACCUUCUUCCGCCGCUGCUUCGAUUGCCUCCGGCCCGGCGGCAAGCUCAUCCUCGAGCCACAGCCUUUCAGCACAUACGCCCGCAACGUCAAGAUGACGCCCGAGCUGCAGGAGAACUACGAUCGCUUGAAGGAGGGAGCGGAGAAGGGAUGGAGGGCGGAAGAGGGCGACUUUGAGAGGGUGCUGCUCGAGCUUGUGGGCUUCGAGAAGCGGGAAUUGCUUGGCAAGACUGGCAAAAUUGGCUCAACUUUCCGCCGACCUGUCGAGGUGUACACGAAGCGCGGCAGUAGCAGCACGGCAAUCUGA